AUGGAUAAUCAAAUUUGUUUUAAUAUUAUAUUAAUUGGUGAUCAUUCUUAUAGGAAAAAGUACAUUAAAGAACAAUGGAUUGGUGUUGAAUUUAGAGUUAAAAUUGAUAAUAUUAAAAUUGAGGAUAACCAAGAUGAAAUUAGAAUAAAACAAAAAAUAUUUGAUUUUAAUGGUGCAUGUAGAUUUAUACAAAUGACAAAAGAAAGUUUUUAUAAAAAUGCAAAUGGUUUUAUUUUAUGUUUUAGUAAUUCAAAUAGAGAUUCAUAUAAUCAUUUAAUAGAUUGGAUUAAUGAUAUUAAUACAUAUUAUGAAUAUUCAGAAAAAACAAAUUUUAAAAAACCAACAAUUUUAAUUAUAGGUUUAAAAUCUGAUGAACCGUCUCAAGUUGAACCUGAAGAGCUUAUAAAAUUUUGUGAAUCAUUAUCAAUACCAUUCAUAAACUCAGUUUCAUCAAAAAAUAAUAUAAAUGUAGAAAAUGUAUUUAAAACAAUAUCAAUUUUAAUUUAUAAAAAUGGUUCUUUUAAUAUAAAUAAUAAUAAUAACAAUAAUACUAAAAAUAAUAAUUGUUUAUCUAAAAUUUUUAAAGUUUUUAAAUAA